CUGAAUCCAUACAUUAUAUUUGGAGAGAAUUCUUUGUUACUGAGGAUAGAAACCUGCUGAGGAUUAUAAUGAAAGGAGAAUUAUUCUACUGAAAAGUCUAUCCCCAAGUUCAUCAGAGGAACCUUUGGUGGGCAGAGGACUAGACAAGCUUUAGAUAUAAGCCACAAGAACUGAGGACCGUGAAGACCAGUCCUGUAUUCGCACAUUUAACCAUCAGCCAUGGCUUUGUGGAGACAUUUAAUCCCAGGAUGUCCUAAAAUGAACAUGUGGCUUCCUAUCUCCAUGCUGUGGGUCCUCAUCGCAGGCGAGUUGGUCCUUUCGUUGGCUGCCCAGGUGAACACCUGUGAGGCCAAUGGUAGCAUAUACUACGUAGGUGAGUGGUACUUCUUGGACUCCGAUCACUGCACUCAGUGUGAGUGUACAGUGGAAGGGCCAGCCUGUGCCAGGACAGAGUGCACUGCCCUACCACCUGCGUGCAUGCACGUCAGCCACUACCCCACCGACUGCUGUCCAAGGUGUGAGAAGAUUGGCUGUGAGUACAGAGGAGAGGUCUACGAAUUGGGAGAACAAUUCCAGCCGUCGGAGUGCGAGCAGUGCACCUGUGACGUGGAUGGAAUUGCCCGAUGCCUUGUGGCAGACUGUGCCCCGCCGCCCUGCGUGAACCCAGUGUACGAGAAGGGAGAAUGUUGCCCCCGCUGUAAAGACGGUCCAAAUUGUUACGCAGAUUCAUCCCAGAGUCGGGUAAUCCCAGGAGGUCAAUACGUUUGGGUGGAUUCGUGCACCAAGUGCCGUUGUCAUGAUGGACAAGAUGUCGGAUACUGGGAAGGAAACCGGCUGGCGAAGUGCGAGAAGACAAAGAACUGCAACCCAGAGGAAGGAAGAGAAAACUCUUAAACAGCAGAGCUCACAGUAUUUAUGCGGCAUUCGGCCCAUGGCCCUCCACCCCAGAGCUGUAACAGUGUUGAGAUGCCAUGGGUUGGUGUAUUCAUUGUUCUUAGCCUACUCUUCCUUCAUGUAUUUCAGUUAGACUGCUCCAAAUGUGUGCCACUAAAAAGUUAUCGAUACCAUUAUCAGCGAAGUCACAUGCCCGGGGGUAGGCGAAGCGUCUGUAGAGAGACCAGCGUCUGUGGCAAUAAAUUGGUGCAUGCGGAACGUUGUGACAUGUCCACCGCAAAUUCCGCUGGCACGUAUCCCUGAUUAAGGUCCCUAUACAUCAAAGUACCUGGCCCGUAUAGCAGACAGG